AAAACUUUGAGUCUCGACGCAUCACCAACAUCCUCCAUACACACUAUCACAAAAGAUGGCGCCUCCGUCGAAGAAGAGAGGCGCUGAAGCGGACAAUGAAGAGCCGAAACCUGAUUCCGAGGCGCCUCCCGCCGUCGAGGCAAAGGCUGCUGAGCUCGCGGCUGAGGCCAGCAGCUCAACGACAUCUGCUCAAGAUCGCAUGGCACGUUUCAAGGCUCUGAAGGCGAGAGCAAAGACAUCAUCAGAAACCAACAUGAAGGAGGUUACUAUCGAAUCGGAGCGACUAGCACAAGACCCUACACAACUCGCAGGCAUCCGUCGUCGACACGCUAUUGCGUCGCAUAAGCUACUCAAGGCCGAGACAGAAGAAGCUGGCGAGGACUUUGAGAGGAAGCGCGCCUGGGAUUGGACUAUUGAUGAGAGCGAAAAAUGGGAUAAGCGACUCAAGAAGAAGGCGGCAGCUCGCGACAACAAUGUCUUCCACGACUACCAGCAAGAAAGCAACAAGGUGUACAAACGACAGCUGCAAAACAUCAACCCCGACUUGGAGCAAUACCACAAAGAGAAGCUUGCAGCUAUUGAAAAGGCAGCAGCUUCGGGCGGACUUGAAAUCGUCGAAACCGAGGAUGGCGAAAUGAUUGCAGUGGACAAGGACGGCACAUUUUACUCGACGGCCGACUCAACAUCGUUUGCUGAGAGCAAGCCAGACAAGGCCGCGGUUGACCGCCUGGUUGCAGAUUUGCGCAGAGCUGAGGAACAAAGCCUGAAGAAGCGCAAGGAGCGCAUGGCUAAGAAUGGCGAUGACGGCGAUGUGACGUACAUUAACGAGAAGAACAAGCAGUUCAACCAGAAGCUUGCCAGAUUCUACGACAAGUACACGUCGGACAUCCGGGACAGUUUCGAACGUGGCACUAUGAUUUAAACGGCGUAUAUUUAUUUUGGACUAUUGGAAGCUGGGUUACUACGGCGUUUAUACCGGUGGCAAGGGUCAGCAUAU